AUGGCUACCAAGCACAACGCCGUCGGAAUUGAUCUCGGCACCACCUACUCAUGCGUCGGUGUCUUCAUGCACGGCAAGGUCGAGAUCAUCGCCAAUGAUCAAGGAAACCGCACCACUCCCUCGUAUGUGGCCUUCACCGACAGCGAGCGCCUCAUCGGAGAUGCCGCCAAGAACCAGGUCGCCAUGAACCCGCACAACACAGUCUUCGACGCCAAGCGAUUGAUUGGCCGCAAGUUCGAAGACUCUGCCGUCCAGUCCGACAUGAAGCACUGGCCCUUCAAGGUCGUCUCCGCUGAAGGCGGAAAGCCCAAGAUCGAGAGGACCCUCUCUUCGUCGUCGCAGGCCUCGAUCGAGAUCGAUUCUCUCUACGAGGGUAUCGACUUCUACACCAACAUCACUCGUGCCCGUUUCGAGGAGCUGUGCGCCGAUCUCUUCCGCUCUACCAUGGACCCCGUCGAGAAGUCGCUCCGUGACGCCAAGAUGGACAAGUCGUCCGUCCACGACAUCGUCCUCGUCGGAGGAUCAACCCGUAUCCCGAAGGUCCAGAAGCUCCUCUCGGACUUCUUCUCCGGCAAGGAGCUCAACAAGUCUAUCAACCCCGAUGAGGCUGUCGCUUACGGAGCUGCCGUCCAGGCCGCCAUCCUCUCCGGAGACAAGUCCGAGACCGUGCAGGAUCUUCUCCUCCUCGACGUUGCCCCGCUCUCGCUCGGUAUCGAGACCGCUGGCGGUGUGAUGACUGCUCUGAUCAAGCGCAACACCACUAUUCCCACCAAGACCUCGCAGACGUUCACCACCUACGCUGACAACCAGCCUGGUGUGCUGAUCCAGGUCUUCGAAGGCGAGCGCGCCAUGACCAAGGACAACAACCUGCUCGGCAAAUUCGAGCUCUCCGGAAUCCCGCCGGCGCCCCGUGGUGUGCCCCAGAUUGAGGUCACCUUCGACAUUGACGCCAACGGUAUCCUGAAUGUCCACGCCGCCGACAAGUCGACCGGAAAGUCCAACAAGAUCACCAUCACCAACGACAAGGGCCGUCUCUCCAAGGAAGAGAUCGAGCGUAUGGUCGCCGAUGCCGAGAAGUACCGUGCCGACGACGACGCCCAGAAGGACCGCAUCGGAGCCAAGAACGGACUUGAGUCGUAUGCUUUCAACAUGAAGCAGACGCUCGAUGAUGAGCAGCUCAAGUCCAAGCUUUCCGAGGAGGAUCGCCAGAAGAUCGAGACCAAGUGCGACGAGGUGCUCAAGUGGCUCGACUCCAACCAGACCGCCGAGAAGGACGAGUUCGAGCACCAGCAGAAGGACUUGGAGGCCGUGUGCAACCCGAUCAUCACCCGACUCUACCAAGGAGCCGGUGGCGCGCCCGGUGGUGCCCCCGGAGGAGCCCCUGGUGGCGCCGGAGCCGCUGGAGGACCGACCAUCGAGGAAGUCGAC